GCUCGGCGCCUCGUAUUGUAUCUAUCACAUCGUGAUAUUUGUGUUGUACCGCUAGGUGGCACGGUAACAAGUAUUGCAACCUGUCAUGCUCCAGCGUCGGCUUGGAAAGAAGAGCCCAACUGUAAACUUAGCCAGCGCUUUCCUUUAUCGUCUGUGGCUUAAUUAUCGAUACGUUAAGGUACGUAAUCCGCCAGGCGUUUGCUUUUCUGGAAUGAGCCAGAUCCCUACAGGGUUACAAGUUUGACAGUUAGUGACAGGACGGUCUGCCUUGGUUUAUGAUCUGUGAACAGAAUAACACGGGCAGCUGACCGCAAUGCAGAAAACAGGCACAACAACAAGAACAACAGAGAGGAAAUAUAUUAUACGCCUCCUGAGGGACGACCAGACUGAAAUCGAACAUGUUUGGGAAAUGGUAGUCCGGAAUAUGAGUAGGGCUAUGAUAUCCGGAGUCACACUAAAGGGAAUACGGCAACCUUUUGUGAUUGCUGGUGCAUUUGCUGUCUUCGCCUUGCUUUACAAAUAUCUUGGUGAUUUUGCAAUGUCGGGAGCAAUCGCCAUUGUUGUUUCAAUCUGCUUAUGUCUUGUGAACACAUACUAUGGGUUAUACUAUGGUCUUUAUAGUGAUAGAUUAUGUCCAGACGCGGGCCAGAAUAUGUUUGCAUACUACAUGAAAGAGAGACGACGUUGCUGGGUUGCUGAAAGCGAUAAGAAAAUCAUCGCAGCGGUCGGGAUCCAGGAAAAAUCGUCAACGGGUAAUUCUCCUGAGGCGAAACAGACGUCUGUCGCCGUGCUUCAAAGGUUAGUGGUGGAACCGGAAUACAGAAGAAUGGGCGUGGCAGACGCUUUGAUCAAAACCGCCUUGGAAUUCUGCAAAGAGCAAAAGUACGAGGAGGUCAUCCUGGACACAUCGGAAGUUCAACAUGACGCUAUGCGCUAUUAUUCCAAACGUGGCUUUGUAGAGAUCGGCUGUUUUACAUUUGACGAUUUGUUUCCGCUUUUUGUAUUGAAGAUGCAUUUGUUCAAACUAGAUCUGAAAGACAGGUCAUAAUAAUCUUUACAUCUUACUUGUUCUUCUUAUCAAACCAAAUGAAUAAUCUCAUAAAGCUUCAGGAAAAACUUACUAUAUUCUAGGGAUUUUACAAUGUAUUUCAAACUUAAAAUGUUUUUUACCAAAAAUGUAUCAGUAAGGGAUUACAGGAGCUACGUAUUUCGACUAGA